AUGUCGAUGCCAGGCGCCUUUUCCCCGGAUCUCCCACCCUUCGAACCCGACUCCAAGAAGGACGAAUCUGCCUCUGUCCAACCUCCAGCCCUGCGUCUCGACCAGCCCUCCGACGCCUAUUCUCUCCACACAAACGACCCCUACUUCGACGACGUCGCCGCCGCCGCCUCCUCUUCUUCAGCAGCAGCCCACGACCUUCCGCCCUCCUAUACAGACGAAUCUCAAGAUACCUCCUCGCCGAGUGCCAAACACCACUCCGUUACCGUGUCCACAAACGCUCUGCUUGCAGACGAAGCCGGUCCCUCGCCCCUUCUCUUCCGCAAGGACGCCGUCACCGGUGCCGAGAUCCACACCUCGCGCCGUCUCGACACUGACCCGACCUAUCUCGAAGCUCACAUCACCGCCCUCGCCGAGCUGCCACCUCGGCCCUACGUCCGCAUCCGCGGUACCCACACCGAGAGUGUGCGCAAGCGCGACGACAAGACUGAGAGCAAGACGGUCGUCGACUUUGACAUCCGCCUCGACCUCACCCCCUUCCUCUACCGCGACAUCGCCGCACGCCGCUCUUGGCGCGAGCUGCGAACCGCCGACAACUUCCAAAAGGUUCGCCGCGGCACUGUCUUCCCCACCCGCGCCCCGGGCUUCGGCGGCUCGUCCUCGUCCUCCUCGACCGACGCCGACGUCCACGGUGCCAGACAGCCCACCCUGCGCGAGUGGUGCCACCGCUACUGCGCCUCCCACGCCGGCCUCAAGACCUUCACCCUUCUCCGCACCGUCACGGGCUUCGACGAGGACGAGAAGCUCAAGGCCCGCCUCGAGGACCUCGUCCGCGCCACCCACUACCGCGGCCGUGUCGACGUCCUCUUCCCCGUCCAGGACGCCCGCAUUGAUGUCUACAACACCUGCCGCGUCAACCGCUGGCGCUCGACCACCUGGGUGCGCUGGCUCUUCUACUUGACCUUCCUUUGGGUCUUUGCCUGGCCCUACCUCUUCUUCCGCACCAAGCGCUUCGAGGUUGUCGAGGCCGAAUGGCCCUUUUCCCGCCGCCGGAGGGACCCGCAGACGGGCAGAGUCACGGGCCGCGAGUACGUCACCAUCUCGGAACUCGACUGGUAUAACAUGUGGGGCCGGGCCAUCUCUAAGGCCGUCCUGGAGAGGCGCCAGGGCGAGCUGGACCAGCGCGACCUCAGGGAUGCCGACGGGAGGCAGGGCACCAGCUUCGAGGAGGCUCUUGCGGGCAUCGACGGCGAGACGACGAGGGGCCUCGUGAGGGCCGGUGUCAGCGCCAUGAAUGUCGUCAACCGCCACUUUGGAUGGGGAGGUGAUUGCUGA